AUGUCACCUAAACCGACACGCCCUUAUCCUCCAGGGGAGCAAGAGAAAGCCGAGUACUAUGACGGAUUGCGCAAUCAACCUAGGCUGAUCGCCCCGACAAGUGCCACUCCCUUUGUCCCCAAUAGCACUCGCGAUACGUACCAGUUCGACAAACAUUAUAAACAAAGAGAGCCACUCACUUGUCACGACAUAAUAACGAAAUACAGUCAAGCCUUUGCUGUGGACAUCAUAUCUACCUUGGGAGAUUACCCAUGGCAUCGCUUCUAUCCUAUUCGCAUAAACGACGAGAUGGACAUAAGAAGACCUGUAGUAUUCGUCAUUGAGACUCUCACCGAUUCAGAGCCAUGGGAAACAUCCAUUGAGGUUGCACUCUCUUGCUGCAACGUCAUUCGUUUGAUGGGAAUAACCGAUGUCGAGGUCGAGAUUCAGCAAGUCACUCAAAUACCAUUUGCCAACAAAGAAUUAGACGCCUUCAUAGAUAUAGCAUCCAAGGCAGCCGACCCCGCGCUAUUCAUGGUGGAAGAAAAGGCCAAUCAAGUGCUCCUCCAGGAAGCCGUUGAGAAUGUCCUUCCUUUCUCGUCUCACAUCGGAUACGAAAUCCACAACAUAACGUCUGACAAAUCGGGCACCAUGGGUCUUCAUCUACGAUUAGGAGACGAGAGUGCACAUACGGUUUAA